AUGAGGUUCCAGCAAGCAGUACUGCUCACCGUAGCUGUCAGCAUCGCGGCCGCCUGUCUCAUCACCAACUGUCCCCGUGGGGGCAAGAGGGCCGGCCUGCAACACAGGUGCGCGCCGUGCGGCCCUGGAGGGCAGGGCGUGUGCCUGGGCCCACACAUCUGCUGCGGCCCCCGCAUGGGCUGCCGGCUGGCCAGCCCCGCGGACACCGCCGUCUGCCGC